AUGCAUGCAUCAUCCAAAUCUCAGCAGGCAGCCACGCGCCGCUAUGGAUUUGCAUGUUUAAUAUGCCGGCGGCGGAAGAUCAAGUGCGACGGCAAGAAGCCGAACUGUGCAAAUUGCGUCAAGGCCAAGGAGAUAUGCAACUACAAAGAAAGCUCCAGUUAUAACGCCCACCUGGUCCACCAGGCUCAGCAGUCCAAGAAGCGCGCAGAGGAUCUCGAGGCCCAACUCCGGGAUCUCGCCAGCCUGAGUCCUGAAAGCCGUGAUCACCGUCUUACGGAGAUUGUGCGCGAUCUCGACCAUCUCCAUGUAUCAGAAGGUUCGCCGGGCGACAUGUCCGAGUUUUCCCAGUCUUAUGAGGCCGAUAAAGAAUCACAUGAAGAGUUGCCGUAUAGCAAGCCAACUGAUUUUAGUGUCGGGGAACAUGGAACUUACUAUGGGGCUACAUCUAGGUUUCAUCCCCUUGAUUCAAAUGACAUCUCACCGGCACGAGCUCCCCAACUGGAAGGGACGGAACACAAGGCCACCGAGGAGUACCACCGCAAAUGGCUCGCCUCAAAUGCCAGAUUCCAGGAGUCUUUUGAGAAAGUAGCCCUUAGCCAUCUCUUUCAAUAUACAGAUGUUGGCCUCGAUGUGUGUUCAACUCUACUACAGAUCUUCUGGACAUGGCAAGCCCCUCUGCACAAUUACGUCUAUCGUCGAUGUUUCUACCGCGAUAUGGCUCUGAAUGGUCCCUAUUUCUCUCCAUUUCUGUUGAAUGCGAUUUUUGCGCAUGCCUCUCGUCACACCAAAGACGAAGACCCCAGAUUUGCGGGUGCUGAAAGGGGCGAAUACUUCCUCCGGAAAGCUAAGCAGUUUCUGCUCGUGGAAAUGGACCAGGAAAAGCCUAAAAUAUGUACUGCCCAAGGUUUAUUGAUUCUCGGCGGCCGGCAAUGUGCUAUUGGCAAAAGUAGUGAGGGGUGGCUUUAUACUGGCAUGGCAAUCCGAAUGAUCACUGAUCUCGGUAUCCACCUUUACCGGGGAAACCUGGAAGGUCUUGAUGGCCUCGAACCUGAUGAUCUCGAAGUGAGAAAAAGGCUUUAUCUCUCAGCAUAUCACUGGGAUAAGUCAAUCAGUCUAUGCCUAGGACGGCAACCAUGCCUGCCCGACCUACCGUAUGCACCGGAUAGCUUGUUUGACACAUCCGAUAAUGACGACGAAUGGAGGCCUUAUUCCCUUCGAGAAAUAGAGGAUUCCUACCCUUCGACCAAGUCCUACGGCACAAUAACCUUUGUUCACUUCUGCAAGUUAGCAAAAAUAAUUAACGAGAGCUACGACAAAGUCUACAGUAGGAGUCCCCAGCACCUCAAGCCUCAAAGUAUUUUUGAACUAGAGGCCAAACUUCGUUCUUUCUACCAGAGCUUACCAGAACCGCUCAAGAUAGCACAAGCUACUUCCCUGCAGUUCUGUCACCCGCCGCAUAUCUUCUGUCUCAACAUUCUAUACCACACAAUGCUCAUUUUAAUUUUCCGGCCUUUCUUCGGCUGGUCUCGUCACUCUAAGCUUCAAGACCAUGCACUUGCACGACGAGCACAAAAGGUGUGCAUCGAGGAAGCGACAGAAGUUAAUGAGUUUUUCCGACAGUACGGACGAACUUUCAACUACCAGAACCAGACGUAUCUCGUCUCGUACUGUGUAUACACAACUGCUACUAUCGACGUUCAGAUGAUCCAAAAUGAGGAUGUCGCGUUGGCCACCGCCGCAGUAAACCGAUUGUCUACAACGCUCGAGAUGCUAGAGUCGGAAGCCAGACAAACCCCUGGGAUCAAGCGCAGCAUCGACAUCAUCAAAUCUCAUCUCGCCAAGCGUGCUCAAGCGGGUCCUCAAGAGAGUUCGGUAAUACACCAUUCUCCUGAGCAACAACGGCGAAGCUUGUAUGUCAAUGUACCGGAGCAACGUCCGCAUCACAGGCCAGGAAUAGCGAGUUCACCCUCUAGCCACUUGGAAAAUCGUAUGUAUCGCGAGAAUUACAGCAGCAUCGCUCCUCCAACAGGUGACCAGACCCCGGAUGAAAAUAUUGGGCACAUUUUGACACAAGCAAUGGACGUUGAUACUCCGUGGAGGGACUGGGAAUUUUUCAAUGCGGGCGGAGGCUUCGUUCCGAGCCAUGCGAACUGGGCGCCCUUUGAUCCAGCAUACAAUUACCACAUGGAUUAA